UUUGUUUUUGAAAUAAGUGAAUCGAUCGAUUGAUCUAGACGAUCGAGAUGGAUAUAGGAAAUCCCCAAGAAAAAGCCUCCUCUUCCUUCUCCUCCCAAUCCCAUGUCCUAAUCUUCCCAUUCCCUGUACAAGGCCAUGUGAACUCCAUGCUCAAGCUGGCCGAGCUCCUCUGCUUCGCCGGCGUCAAUGUUACCUUCCUCGUCUCUGAAAACGUCCACUCCCGCCUCCUCCUCCACUCCGACGUCGACCGCCGCUUCUCCGACGUCCAUCCCGGAGCGUUUCAAUUCAAGAUUUACUCCGACGGCCUCCCCCAAGAAGACCCUCGAUCAGGCCUUGAGUUCCUCGUCCAUCUUCAUAGCUGCCUCAAAACCACCAUUAAGGAAUUCUUCCUAGAUGAUUAUGCUCUCAACUCCGGUCCCCUCGGCCCGCCCACGUGCAUCAUAUCCGACGGUGUUAUGAGUUUCGUGCUUGACGUUGGGGAAGAGAAGGGUAUUCCCGUCAUUUACUUCCGGACUAUAGGUGCUUCCAGUUUUUGGUGCUAUUUUCGUCUCCCUCAUCUCAUUGAUUCCGGCGAGUUUCCGUUCCAAGGAACCGACUUGGAUUUGCCAAUACAAAAUGUAACGGGCAUGGAAGGAUUCCUCCGGCGAAGAGACCUUCCAAGCAUAUGUCGGGGUGAUCUAAAUAAUAACCCAGGCUUACAGGCUAUUAUGAAUGAGACUCUACAAACUCGACGUGCUUGGGGUCUUAUACUCAACACCUUUGAGGACCUCGAGGGACCAGUCCUACUCCAAAUUCGAACUCAAAUUCCCAAUGUAUAUACUAUCGGACCGUUACAUGCCCACUCAAAGAUAAGGCUAGCCGAGACAAUUGAGAUGAAGAGAGACGUGGUGUCGUCAACUUCCAAUAGUCUUUGGAAAGAAGAUCGAAUUAGUUGCAUGUCAUGGUUGGAUUCUAAACCAAACAAUUCGGUCAUCUAUGUGAGUUUUGGGAGUCUAUCGAUCUUGACAAGAGAACAACUUGUUGAGUUUUGGCAUGGUCUUGUGAGUAGUGGCAAGUGCUUCUUGUGGGUCAUAAGGCCCGAGUCUAUAGUAGAUGGAGAUGGUGGUGUUCCGAGAGAGCUCGAGGUGGGUACUAAGGAAAGGGGUUAUAUUGUGGGAUGGGCACCGCAAGAAGAGGUUUUAGGGCAUAGGGCCGUGGGUGGAUUUCUAACUCAUAGCGGAUGGAACUCAACUCUUGAAAGUAUUGACCAUGGGUUGCCUAUGAUUUGUUGGCCUUAUUUCCUCGACCAACAAGUUAAUAGUAGAUUGGUUGAGAGCUUAUGGGCAUUGGGUUUGGAUAUGAAGGAUAUUUGUGAUAGGUUAGUCGUCAAGAGAAUGAUCGAUGAGUUGAUGGAUGCUAAGAGAGACGAGUUUAAAAAGCGUGCUGAACAUUUUGCUAAAUUGUCGCAUAAAGCAAUUACAAGUGGUGGAUGUCUUACUCAAAUUUGGAUCGCUUGAUUGAAGACAUAAAAUCAAUGGCCCGCAACCAAAUCUAAUACAAGCAAAAUGGCCUAGCCCUCUAUGACUAAUCAUUCAAACAACCAGUGAUUUCUUAUUUGACAAUGAGACCAUAUAAUUUGCAGUUGUUUGUAUUGAUUAUGUUGUUUCUUACUUGAGGAUUUCAAAUGCCUUUUUUCAUGUUAA